UGGUUUACUCAAUCUUUUUUUUCUUUGGAUUAUCUUAUUACUGGAAACACUCGCUUCCUUUAUCUGACUCCUCUCCCCUCCACGCCUUCUCCGCCCUUCCCCUACCUUCGCAUUCUCUCUUUUUCUCAUUCUGUAUUUUUUGGGUCUACCAAAAAUACGUACAAUCCAAAAUAAAUAUAUAGUGAAAAAUAAGUCUUGAUUGCACGCUCUUUUCUCUCCCGCGACUACCGAAUGUCUGGAAUCUGGAGAUGGAGCAACAAGGCGAAGCGAAUGACGCAGCUGCUGACGUCAGAUACCUCCAGCUCCAACCACCACCGGUUCACGCAGGUGCGCCCAAUCUCGGCCCACCUCAACCACCUCCAGGUAGGCACGCACCGGCGCCGUGACUCGCUCAUCGGAGUCCAAGAGCGCUACAAGUGGGGCCACGGUGGCUCCGACAGCGACGGCUUCAAGAGCAACCGAAUCCGCAAGAUUCGCGCCGAGGCCAAUUGCCCGCGCUGCUUCAAGCAUAUGGAUCUUCUCUUCUCUUUCUCCAAUCGCCACAAUUUUUCCCCUCCGGUUCCGGUUGGGGCCGUCGAUGCUGUUGAUGAGGAUGGUGAUGACCAGUCCAAGACCGGAGGAGCCGUCAAUCUCUGCCCCAAUUGCAAGACCGCCUACUACUUCCGCCCCCAUAAGAUCGUUCCUCUCCAGGGCAGCUUCGUCGAGAUUGCCAGAGUCAAUAACUCCUCCAGGAGCAACAGCAAUGCUGAUGGGAGUGGUAACGGCGGUGUAGAAGAAGAUUAUCGGAAUACUAAUCCUAAUACUAACACUUGUACUAAUACUAACAAUAAUAAUAGGUUUAGAGUCUCGUUUUGGGACACUUUAAGAUCGUACAGUUCAGGUGGAGACCCGCCGGAAAAUUGGUCGCCUCCGCCUUCGGGAAAUGGGUUGGCGGUGCACACUCCUCCGGGACCUCCGUUCGCGCCCGGGGUUAAUGUGGUACGGGCAUCAGGGCCCGGUGGAGGAGGCUCUGCUGGUGGUGGUGGUGGUGAUGGUAGAAGUGACGGUGAGAAAAGCGGAUGGGGCGGGUCCAAUUUGGGCAAGGAAUUGCCCACGCCAAAGGAGAUCUGCAAGGGUCUCGACAAGUUUGUCAUUGGCCAAGAUAGAGCCAAAAAGGUGCUUUCUGUUGCUGUAUAUAACCACUAUAAAAGAAUAUUUCAUGCAUCCCUGCAAAAAGGGUCAGGAGCAGAAUCGGGAAUUCCAGAGAGAAUAGAUGAUGACGAUAAUGUGGAGCUAGAAAAGAGCAAUGUCCUUUUGAUGGGCCCGACUGGCUCAGGGAAGACAUUGCUUGCAAAAACUCUAGCUCGAUUUGUGAAUGUGCCCUUUGUCAUUGCUGAUGCAACAACUUUAACACAGGCAGGUUAUGUUGGAGAAGAUGUUGAAUCAAUCUUGUAUAAACUGCUUGCGGCGGCUGAGUUCAAUGUACAAGCAGCUCAACAAGGGAUGGUCUACAUAGAUGAAGUUGACAAGAUAACUAAGAAGGCUGAGAGCUUAAACAUUAGCAGAGAUGUUUCUGGCGAGGGCGUCCAACAGGCAUUAUUGAAAAUGCUAGAAGGAACUAUUGUUAAUGUUCCUGAGAAGGGAGCAAGGAAGCAUCCUCGGGGAGAUAACAUACAGAUGGAUACAAAAAAUAUCCUUUUUAUAUGUGGUGGAGCAUUUGUUGAUCUUGAGAAAACCAUUUCAGAGAGGCGGCAAGAUUCUUCAAUUGGUUUUGGAGCACCUGUUCGUGCAAACAUGAGAACUGGUGGAGUAACCAACGCUGCAGUGACAUCAUCCUUGCUUGAGUCGGUUGAAAGUGCUGAUCUUAUUGCAUAUGGGCUCAUACCAGAGUUUAUUGGACGUUUUCCAAUUUUAGUUAGUCUGUCAGCUUUAACUGAGGACCAACUUGUUCAGGUGCUCACAGAACCAAAAAAUGCUCUUGGUAAGCAGUACAAGAAAUUGUUCAUCAUGAACAAUGUGAAGCUACAUUUUACAGAGAAGGCACUGAGACUUAUUGCCAAGAAAGCAAUGGCUAAGAAUACUGGUGCCAGGGGUUUAAGGGCCAUACUGGAAAUCAUUCUAACUGAAGCCAUGUACGAGAUUCCAGAUGUUAAGACAGGAAAUGAUAGAAUAGAUGCUGUUGUGGUUGAUGAGGAGUCGGUGGGUUCAGCAAAUACCCCUGGAUGUGGAGGGAAACUUUUACGAGGAGAUGGUGCACUGGAGCGUUUCCUAGCUGAGACGAAGUUGAACAAUUCACCGGAUAAUGUUGAGGUGGCUUUGGGAGAGUUGCAGGAGGGUGAAUCGGAGCUUUCAUCAAGAGCCAUGAGCAUGUAACAUAUAUAGCUCAUGUUAGGAUGUGGCAGUUUUCUCUUUGUUUAUUGUUGAUUUGUAAAAAUCAUAUUCAUAAUUUGGUGUAAUUAUCCCUUGUAAAACAGUAUAGCUUCUGGUUCAUGUUCAUUUCAUUAGAGGGGGAAAAAAGAAAAAGAAAAAGAAAAAGAAA